CACUAAAGAUAUAGGAUCAGCGCUUACCCGAAUAUGUUUAAGGCAUCGAGCUGUUGAAGCAAGGGUCAAAACAUUCACAAAUGCCAUCAUGGAUAGCCUAGUGAUACCACUUCAGGAGAAAUUGGAAGAUUGGAAGAAAGGAGUUAUUAAUCUUGAAAAAGAGCAUUUGAAAGAAUUUAAGCGUGGCCGAUCUGAUUUAAAAAAAUAUUCGACCGAUACUUUACGGAUACAGAGAAAAGCAAAGAAAGGAAAUAAUAACGAACUCCAAGGUCGAGUAGAAAGCUGCUUACAGGAUGUAACGGAGUGCAAGCUGUCAUUGGCAGAAGUUGAACGACGUGCUGUACGUGCAGCCAUGACAGAAGAGCGGGCUCGAUUCUGUCAGUUUUAUGAACUUUUAGAACCUGUUGUGCAACAAGAAAUGGCCGUAUUGGGUGAACUUUCACAUUUACAGGAUGCCACUGAUCAAUUGCGAAGACUUACUUUAAAUCCAAGAGAUCUUCCUCCAAGUAGUGAACAGGUUGUGGUCGACACCAAGUUUAGGUCAUCACCUAGUUCUCCGCAAUCUUUAGGCUCCCGUAAAGGAUCCGCGUGUUCCAUAAGCUCCCUCAAUUCAAAUUCAUCCAGUAGUGGUUUAUCGCCGGGACUCUCUCCUGGACAAAAUCUUUGGCAACGAAAUUCACCUCAGGCAACAAAUAUUAAUCAUGGAGAUAGCGGAUCUGCAGCAUUGGUUACGAAAUCAGAGAGCAGUUCUUCACGUAGUCAUGUAGAAACUGUGAGUGAGCGACCGCACACGAUUUCAGCAGGGCGCCUGAUCAGAUAGGGCCUAGGGCGGCAGAAACCUUAAUCCGCCACUGCUACUACCCCACCAACGAU